AUGAUAUCUUGCUCCUAUGACGAACUCAUGCUCAUUCCCGGCAACUUCAGUGUUCCCCAAGGUGCAAGCACGCCUCCUAAAAUCCCCAAAUCAGCCCUACGCAUUGCCCGCAUCUACGUCUCCCAACGGACCACCAUGUAUAACGGCCGCCUAAACUGGAAUAUCCCCAAGCAUCUCGCCCGUUUCUCCUUCUCAGCGCCGCCCACGCUCGCCGGCCAGCCGCCUCCUGCAUCACUCAGAGUCCAAGUCUUUCCACCCACCAGCAAGGACGGCGAUGGCGCCGCACCUUUCUUCGAGUGUACGCUCAGACCCUGGAGAUGGAUUCCCGCUUUGCCGGUCAAUACCAAGUGGGUACCGAUGAGCUUGAUGCAAGUGCAGCCGCCUAUCCCAGAACCUGCGAGGAGAAUGGAGGCUGUGAAAGAGGAGCUGGAUGCCGAGAUGGAUGCGUAUGAUGUUGACAAGGGCGAAGAGGCGCUUUGCGUAGGUACGGAUCGAUGGGCGGCGUAUACUAUCGAUGCCAAGGUUCCGAGGGCGAGGGGCUGCUGGGUCAGUAUGGGGACCGCAGAGGGCGAUGAAGAUGAAAGUGCACGUCAAAGGUACUGGCCUAGAGGGCUGCAGCCUUGGAGCUUUGGGGCGUGGUGUGAGGAAGCUGUGCUGGAUAUUUCAGAGUCCAUCGAGUGGAAGCUAUGA